AUGGAAAGUGAAACAGACAGUCAGAUAGACAGUCAGACAGACAUUGAAGCAACAAGUCAGACAUUCAAAUACAAAUACAUACAUACAUUUCACGCGAUCCGCUUGUCAGGCCCGUCGCCCUGGCGAGCCGAACAAGCGUCAAGUGGCCGGCCUGACAACCGCGGGCACACCUUCUCGUUCAAGUGCACCCGCGUGGCCAUUCGACCGAGGCCGUGUCGACAACGUGGAUGA